GUCCAGCUUAAAAAGGAUCUCAGAUAAAUUUCCACUUACUUUGUUCUCAACAGUGAUCGAGGACGAAAGAUGGCUGCUUUGAUGAAUAUCCUAAAGUUGGUUUGCAUUUUAUGUUCCUGUAAUCUGCUAUGUGAAGCUCUCAAUGAUACAAAAGGAAGAACAUUUUCUCUCGCUUUCUUUCCUGAAUUCAUCUAUGCUCCAACAAAUGCUCUUCGAAACAUUCUGUACUUCUCAUCCUCUCUUGUCGGUGUUUGUACUGUGAACUACAAUGACGGCACAAGACGUCAGACCAGUGUGAAUGUUGUCGCCAACGAUUUAGUUAAACUGGAGCUAUCUGACGCCACACAACUACCAGUUGGAACAAGAAUAGAUCCUAAGGCUAUUUAUGUGAACUGCACAACAGAAAUAGCUCUUUAUGGACACAAUAAGUACCAUGAGAGUGUGCAAACAUCAGACACAUUCACAGUUCUUUCUGAUGAUAUGUUGUCAACGAAUUAUGUCGUUGCAAGUGUCGAGAAAAAUGCAAAUCUUGGCGUUGUGGCCACCCAAGAUAACACUAAGGUUUUCGUAACUCUUAAUGCAACAUGUCAAUAUGUGUUUAACGGUGUCCGAUACUCAGAUGGAGACAUUGUUAAUGUCACACUGGGCUAUGGUGACGUCUUUCAGAUAGGUUUAGCUUCAUAUGCGAGCUCUGAUACGUGUGACUUAGGGGGGAACCCGAAUCCGUUCUAAUCAUCAGGUCGCAGUUUUUGCAGGGGCUUUGUAUCUCGCAGCGCCUACCUGUGAUGCACAUCUUACUGGUCAACAUCUGGUUAGACAGGUUCCCCCCAGAGAGCGCAUUCUCAAACACUCAAAUUAUUCCCAAAGUGGAGACGAGUGAUCUAGGAGCAAUGUCGUUUCGUGUAUUGGCAAAGUAUGACAAUACAAUCGUGAAUAUAACAAA